UUCCCUAAAGCCCCCAGAAGCCACCGAACAACUUGAACCCAAUCCAAAGUCACCGCCAUUUUUCAGUUAAUUUGAUUGUUUCGAACCAACGAAAAAGGUGGGUUUUUGGAGCCUUUGAUUCAAUGGCUCUUUACUUAUUGUACGAGUCAUCUUCUGGGUACGCGCUAUUCCAGGCUCAGGGACUCGAUGAAAUCGGUCAAAACACGGAGGCUGUUAGGAACUCGGUUGCCGAUCUGAACCGGUUCGGUAAGGUGGUUCAACUCACUGCUUUUCAGCCUUUUGAAUCCGCCAUUGAUGGUCUCAACCAAUGCAACUCUGUUUCUGAAGGUCUUAUGACUGAUGAAUUAAGGAACUUUUUAGAGCUUAAUCUCCCCAAAGUCAAGGAAGGCAAGAAAUCAAAGUUCAGCCUCGGAGUUGCAGAGCCUAAGCUGGGUUCCCACAUCUCAGAAACGACUAAAAUUACAUGCCAGAGUGGAGAGUUUGUUCUCGAGCUUCUUCGUGGUGUGCGGUUGCAUUUCGAUAAAUUCAUCAAGGACUUGAAGCCUGGGGACUUAGAAAAAGCGCAGCUUGGUCUGGCACACAGUUACAGUAGAGCAAAGGUUAAGUUCAAUGUUAAUCGAGUGGACAAUAUGGUUAUUCAAGCAAUUUUCCUUCUUGAUACUCUUGAUAAGGAUAUCAAUUCAUUUUCCAUGAGAGUGAGGGAAUGGUACUCAUGGCACUUUCCGGAGUUGGUAAAGAUUGUCAAUGACAAUUAUCUCUAUGCAAGAGUUGCAAAGCUUAUAGAGGAUAAGUCAAAGUUGUCUGAAGAACACAUCCCUGCCUUAACCGAAAUACUGGGGGAUGAGGACAAAGCAAAAGAAAUUGUUGAAGCUGGAAAGGCAUCAAUGGGACAGGAUUUGACUCCAGUUGAUUUGAUUAAUGUUCAGCUAUUUGCUCAAAGGGUAAUGGAUCUUGCCGAGUACAGAAAGAAUCUUUAUGAUUAUUUAGUGACAAAGAUGAAUGACAUUGCACCAAAUUUGGCAUCAUUGAUCGGGGAAGUUGUUGGGGCACGGUUGAUCUCUCAUGCUGGUAGUCUCACAAAUUUAGCGAAGUGCCCCUCUUCCACUCUUCAGAUUCUCGGUGCUGAGAAGGCCCUUUUCAGGGCACUGAAAACACGAGGAAAUACACCCAAGUAUGGUCUUAUUUUCCAUUCAUCUUUCAUUGGUCGAGCAUCUGCUAAAAACAAGGGUCGAAUGGCCCGCUAUCUUGCAAACAAAUGUUCCAUUGCAUCUCGAAUUGAUUGCUUUGCAGAGAGGGGAUCCACUGUUUUCGGGGAGAAACUACGAGAACAAGUCGAGGAACGACUUGAAUUCUAUGACAAAGGUGUUGCACCUCGAAAAAACAUUGAUGUUAUGAAGUCUGCAAUUGAAAGUACUCAAAACAAAGAUGUGGAAAUGGAAGAAGCCCCACCUUUUGAAGCUUCCGCAAAGAAAAGCAAGAAAAAGAAGUCGAAACCCGAAGAUGCCCCAGUUGCUGCUACAAAUGGAGAUGCUUCAGAGGAUGCUAAAUCAGAGAAGAAAAAGAAAAAAGAGAAGAGAAAGAUAGAGGAAGAUCAUUAUCUCACACCGGAGAAGACAAACACUGAGCAAGACGGAACGGCCAAGAAGAAGAAAAAGAAGAGCAAAGAUGAAGGGACUGCUGCAAGUGAAACUAAAAAGAAAAAGAAGUCCAAGGAAUGAAUUCAUCACUGGUGUGCUCAAUUUUUUGUAAUGGCAUACUAAAAUAGUGUUUUUCUAAGUGGUGUUUUUUUUUCUUCACAAAUGAACAGCUUUAGGUGCCUUUGGAAUUUGGCAUUUGUUGAACUUCCUCAGUAUUGAAAGUGAGAUUCUUGUCUUUUGCUCGGUUUUCAGA